AUGUCUCCACCACAAUCUCCAAAUUCAUCCAUGGCUUCGACAAACGAUCAAUAUCGAUUUUUGACACAAGGGUCUCAUCGAAUUUACAUGAAUAAUGACGAUAUUAAUAUUACCAUGGAGCUACACAAGAAAAAACAACGUCGUAGAAGAUGUAUCAAAUGUUGUGGUUGUUGUACAGCCACCAUGUUAGUUCUCGUCGUGAUCAUGUUGGUUCUUGGAUUCACCCUUUUCCGUGUCCACAAACCAUCUAUAAGGAUGAACUCCAUCAAGAUUGACGGAUUAAGUUAUCUUAUGACAAGUAGUUCCACUACUCUCCAACCAAAAGUUAACUUAACGGUCUCUGCUGAUGUGUCUGUUAAAAAUCGAAAUUCAGCCUCAUUCAAGUUUAAUGAAGCAACGACUAGUUUGUUUUAUGAUGACGUGGUCAUCGGAGAAGCCCUAACGCCACCGGGUACUGCCAAGGCACGACGGACGUUACGGAUGAAUGUAACGGUGGAAAUUAUGGUGGAGAAAAUGUUGGGUAUUCCACGGCUAGUGAAUGACUUGAGGUCCGGUGAAUUGCUGGUUAGUACAUAUACGAGAAUUAAUGGAAGGAUUAAUAUUUUGAAUAUUAUUAAGAAGAAUACUGAAAUUAAAAUGAAUUGUAUUAUGAUGGUUGAUUUGAGAAGCCAGGAUGCUAGAGGCAUUGAUUGUAAGAAGAAAGUGUCUCUCUAG